AUGCACUCCUUCCACUUCGUCUGCAUCUCCUCCAACGUCCGCCACGGCAGCGUCACCUGCCCCAUCUGCCGCGCGCAGUGGACCCAACUCCCCCGCGACCUCGCCCCGCCCCUCCCCUGCCACCAGCAUGCAGCGGCCGACCCCAUCCUCCGCAUCCUCGACGACUCCAUCGCCACGUUCCGCGUCAACCGCCGCAUCUCCCUGCGUGCCGCCCGCUACGACGACGACGACCCCGUCGAGGCCCCGCGCGGCGCCGCCGCCCUGCCCCGCCUGCGUCUGGAUCUCAUCCCUGCCGGGCUCCCCCCCCCGCUGCCGCACCGCCGUCCGCCGUUCGCUCGGCACAGCGCGGUGGGUUACGGCGCGUGCCUCUCGGCGCGGCUGCUGCACCAGCAGGCCACGGACAUCGUCCUCGUGGCCAGCCCCAACGGUCCCCACCUGAGGCUCCUCAAGCAGGCCAUGGCGCUGGUGGUCUUCUCCCUGCGCGCCGUGGACCGCCUGGCCAUCGUCACCUACUCCUCCGUCGCCACCCGCGCGCUCCCCCUGCGGCGGAUGACCUCCCACGGCAAGCGGACGGCCCUGCAAGUCAUCGACAGGGUCUUCUUCCUCGGGGAGGCGGAUCCCAUCGAAGGGCUUAAGAAGGGGGCCAAGAUUCUCGAGGACAGAACUCACCGGAACCCUCUGUCCUGCAUCCUCCACCUCUCCGACAGCCCCACCAGGGCCUACCUCGGCAGGGAGCUGCAGGUGCCCUUCCCCAUCCACCGGUUCCACAUCGGCUUCGGCUUCGGGGCAUCCAAUGGCUUCGUGAUGCAUGAGUUCGAGGAGUUCCUCUCCAGGCUUCUGGGAGGGGUGAUCAGGGAGACCCAGCUGAGGAUCGGGGAGGAAGGGAGCCUGGUCCGGCUGGGGGAGAUGAGGGGCGGGGAGGAGAGGAUAAUCCCCCUGAACUUAGCCGGAGAUUGUGGGUUGAUCUGUGUUGGGUACAGCUACAUAGAGGGAGGGGUGGAGGAGAGCCUGAGGACAGGUCAGGCGGUCGUCGGAGUUUGCGACAAGGGUCAGUGGAAUGAAGGCGGCGGCGGCGGGAUCGAAGCUGCUGCAAUGGACUUGGGCAUCGGAGGCAGGAACAGCAACGUCGAGAGGUGGGACUACCUCGACCCUUUCAUGGCUAGAAGAUGGGCUAAGCAUCUACACGGCUAUAGAGUGUGA